AUGCUGAAAGAAAAUCAGCGCAUUCAAUCCACCAUAGAGGGUAUCACUAGAAGAUACACUUCGGAAGAAGAACAUGGGCUUGGUCUACCGGCGUCCCUGGCGCAGUUUGACCCCAAGUCGCAACAAUUCGUCGCCGCUAAGUUUGAAUCUAAAAUAAAGGACAUUGAGAAAAUCUCUCAACGGCAGGCUGUGGUUACUGAAGAAGAACAAAAGUUUAUUCAGGCGCUACGGGACUAUGAGAAAGAUGCAAAACCAAAGUACAGAACCGGCGUCAAAAUUGAUGAAAUACACACAUUGGCCGAUGUGUGGGAAAUGCUUGAUACAGCAGUCGACGACUACGAGAAAGGAAAGAAAGCUGGGGUCUGGGGUCGAGUCCGAAAAGCGUUCGGGGGAUUAGGCGAGAACGGAGCAGCCGUCGAGCAGUGGCUAGGACUGCUACCAACUGAGUCCCAGUAUAUGUCUGUUGUCUGUGGAGGGAUCAAAUUGAUUCUCAAGGCUGCUGAGAGAAUGAAAAGCAUCCAGGAAGCCACUCUCAGCGGGCUCCACGAUAUUCCAGUCUUAUUAAAUGGAGCGCAACGAGUUCUUGGAAUAUACAGAUCCUCUCAGCGACUUAUAGAUCUGAGUGAUGCGCUUUACGCGGCGACUCUAACAACCUUAGGCCAUUUACUGCAUUACAUCAGCCGGAAGUCCACAAAGCGAGCUAUAGAGGCAUUAUUCAAACAGUCCAGCUUCGAAGAAGAUCUCAUGGGAAAAUUGGGUGACAUGCGAAAAUGUCGAGACGCCUUCAAUGAAGAGGCCAGGAUUUGCGCUUUGGAGAUGCAAGAAAGUUGUGAGAGCAUGCUGCAAGAAACCAGCAGUGGUACCAGAGACAUCAAGGAAGAAAUUGACAGUAUGAAAGUCUUCAUGCUAUUGACGCACAAAGAGCAGAUUAGGUCGCAGCAGUUCCUUCGAGAAGAAGCUCUAUGGGCGCGUGAAAGCAAUAAGCGCAAGGAAGAAAGAGAUGAAUCAAUGCUUUUCAUACUGAAUGAACUGUAUGGAGCACUGAAGAGUAUGCCAUUGGUAAUAAGAGAAGCCUGGGCAAGGAACCAACCAUAUGAUGCGGCAUAUGUCCCUCUGAUGUGUUUAUCUGCCAAUGCACCAGAGGCGACAGGUCAAAAAUAUACCCAAAGUGACUUGCACCAUAUAAUCCUGUCAAGGCUUGAUUUCAACGCGAAACGGAUUCAACUUGACGUCGAAGAGAACUACGAGCACGGUUACACAUUACUUUUGAGCGAGCAAGAUUGCUGUGUGUACGCACUGUCCUCAAGCGACCUGGCCUCAUGGAUCACAUCUCCAGCUUCCCGCAUCCUGGUCAUCAACGGGAACAUGGACAGCGCACAGCUUCACUCCCCACUGAGCUUCUUGUCUGCCAGACUUGUUUAUACACUGGAUUUGCUACGAGAGAGAAAUUCCAAGGGCAAACAUCAAGUUGCAGCUGUGCAUUUCUUCUGUGGUGAGCACACGGAUCGCGAGGAUACUAUGAAUUCCGCAACCGCGAUUAUCAAUAAUCUGCUUGCGCAGCUGCUUUCUUCAUUCAAGGACACCAAUCUGGAGCGUCUGGUCGCUCUCGGUGAUUUCGAAAAUAACAGUCUAGAUGAUGUCUUGCGGCGAUUCAAAACUGCCUUGAAACUUCUCCACUCGACAGCCGUUGUCUUUUGUAUUGUGGAUAAUCUGCCAUUCUAUCUUUUCAGUGAGCAGACAUCCGAGCACACGCAGAUCUUGGUUCGAUGCUUAAUCAGACUAGCACACAGACAAAGAAAACUACAAGAAAAAUCAGGGCAAGGUUGUACAUUCAAGUUGCUACUUACCGCUCCAAUGCAAUUCAUGGGAUCGGAGUUCAGUCUACUCAAAGAUGACGAAGUUAUGAACAUGCCAGUACCUGUCCCCCAAAGUGGAGGCUUCACAAACAUGAAAUGGGAGUUGGAUGUGGGGUCAGAAGUAGCCAGAAUAGCUUGA